AUGCUGCUCACGAUGGGACGGCUGCGUCAUUCCGACAGGCAUAAACACGGCGCCGGUAAUGGGCCCUCUGCAGCAGCACCUGGUUGGCAGACGAGUGACGCCACGCUGAGCCGGUACGCUGGGCGGAAAGGUGGCAGUCAGACAAAGUUUUCUGUAUUCUUUAUGGGCUCGGUUAAGCACACUGGUGCUAUAAUUAGCACCAAGGAAAGAGUGCUCCGUGUUCUGGCCUAUGUCUCAUUGCCCACACCUCAGUAUAAGCACGAUAUGGUCGGAGAUUAUUCCUCCUUCUCUAGAGAUAAAACGGAUAUGCACCCUCAGAAAAACUCCAAAGGCGGACUGAGUUGCAAAAUGGUGCUUCAGGCAGUCGGAAAAGUACUAAGGAAGUCGAAGACGAAGCCAAAUGGAAAGAAACCGCCAGCAGAAGAAAAGAAGCAGUACCUGGAGCCAGAGUUCACCAAAAUCCGAGUGGUGGAUUUCGACCUGAAGGAGCUGGUGGUGCUGCCCAGAGAGAUAGACCUCAACGAAUGGCUAGCCAGCAACGCAACAACGUUCUUUAAUCUUAUCAACCUGCAGUACAGCACCAUUUCAGAGUUCUGCACUGGGGACACCUGUCAGGCCAUGACCGCCUGCAACACAAUAUACUACUGGUAUGACGAGAGGGGGAAGAAGACGAAAUGCACUGCUCCACAGUACGUCGAUUUUGUUAUGAGUCUCUGUCAGAAACUGGUCACAGAUGAGGAGAUCUUCCCCACAAAAUACGGGAAAGAGUUUCCCAACUCGUUUGAGUCCUUGGUAAAGAAGAUCUGCCGGUACCUUUUCCACGUGCUGGCUCACCUCUACUGGGCGCACUUUAAGGAGACGGUGGCUCUGGACCUGCAGGGCCACUUGAACACUCUGUACGCACAUUUCAUCGUUUUCGUAAGGGAAUUCAACCUGGUGGACCCCAAGGAGACCUGUAUCAUGGACGACCUGUCCGAAAUCCUCUGCGCCCCCGCCCCGCUGCCCGCCCCCGCCCCCUCCACCCCCGCCUCGGCACCCUCUCCCUCCUCACAAAACCACGUGACAGAAAGAUGAGCGGCCAGUCGGGAGCGAGACAGCGGCCCCCGAGGCUGACGAAAGAUGAGAUAGAGGCGAGAAGGAGGAGCAGCCCGGCCCCCUUCCUCGGUGCGAGCAGGACUUAAGAGACCUUCCACUACCCUUAUAUUUCGCCAGGACACCAACCCACCGGCCGGUAGAAGAAAGGGGGAGGGUUUUCUGGGGGUUAGGGGUGGCGGGGAGGGGUUUGUCACGCCAGCAGGAAUUGGCGUGAGCGUUCCUCCCAGGGACAAAUCCCUCCCAAUCUUCUCUGCAAUUUAAACUAGGAACAAAAAAGUAUGUGUAUAUUUUAUUUUUUUGUUUUUGUUUUUAAUUUUUCCUUUUUUCUUUUUUGGUUUGAAGUUUUCCUUCAGUUUUAUUUUGGGUUGCUGGCGGGGGUGUGCGGUGUGUCUGUGCGCCUCCCUCCGUCCUCUGCCCCCCACUCAGUGCAGGAGGGGCUCUGCUUUGCUUCCACCUGCUAUUGUACAGCGUUGUAACGUGUGGAGAACCGGCGCCCCCCCCCCCCCCCCCCCCCCCCCCCCUCCCCUGGCAGCGGGAGGCCGAUGGGGAACCACGCUGCCGCCCGGCGGGGCGACACUAGCCAAUCACUGUUUGGGCUGUUAACGCGGGGAUGAUUAAAGCGCUUCCUACUCAGGACUCCACCGAACAAGUCACUGCUGCCAGAGAGGAGUUCCUCUCGUGUUCAUCCCCCCGCCCCUCGCCCCUCAGACUGCUGAGUCCCCCUCCGUAGGACAAACGCUGACCCCGUCUAACCGCAGCAUACUGGCAUAGCGUCCCGUGAACCCACAAACCAACGCGUCCCACGGAAAAAGGCCGAGAAGAGAGAGAAAUCCGGCCGCACGCUCGGAUCAGAGAGGCGGCGCCCGGAGUCCGACUGGUGCCCAUUUAAGGCUAACCCCAGCUGUGUGCCGGCGUGCAGCACCACAGCCCCGGCACCACCCACUCCGGCCGCCCAGAAGGACAAAGACAUGAGCUCAUGUCUGCAGGCCCAGAGAGACGGAGACGGACAGGAAGGGAGGGGAGACCGGUGCAAAGCUGCUCUGCUGUAUAACAGUCACCAGUCCUCCCAGUGCGAAACGAGAGACCCCCCCCCAACCCCCGCCUUUAAAUUUACUUUGAAAAAAGAUUAUCAGAGAAAAAUUAGUUUGGAAAUAAGUGAUAUUGUCUCACAUGUAGAGAAAAUGCACAGUCUGCUUGGACUUUACUGUACAAAGAAUCACAAGUGGGUUCUGUCAGAUAUAGCCUCUGUAUGGAGGAGGAUUGGAUUUAUAAUUCUCCUUUUUAAUUUAUUUUAAUUCU